AUGGACAAGUCUUCGGGCAGUGCGCCACCAUUCACAUACGUUCCACCGCCAUCGGCACCACCAUCUUAUAAUGAGGCUGUUGGAGGAGUAAAGCCGGUGGGAUGGACCCACGUUAUCACGCCAACUGCCGCCCCGACAACCGCAAACACAAAUAUAUUGACGACCGUGGUUCCCAUUGGCCGCUCACCGACACACAUGAUAUGCCCUUCAUGCCAUGCGGAGAUUGAAACAUCGACACGCUCGGAACCGGGCAUGAUUGCCUAUAUAUCUGGUUUUGUAAUCGCAUUGCUUGGUUGCUGGAUGGGUUGCUGCUUUAUACCUUGUUGCAUUGACGAUUGCAUGGACGUGCAUCACACUUGCCCCAACUGCCGGGCGUAUUUGGGACGUUAUCGCCGAUAAAUAAUUACACUGCUUCGCUUCGCACUUCUGCCACGUGCAUCGGAACGCCACGCACACACUGUGAGAAAGAUAUUUACACACUUACAAAUGCGAACGGAGAAUGAUGAAUGGGAAUAAAGAGUAGAAUUAAAUUUAAGUGGUUGUUUUACCCUUUUUUUAUUUAAUUUUGUAGUAAUUUCUCUUGAGCUCCAGAUACCCAAAAAAACGAAAAGGGAAUUCAAGCGCUUCCCUCUAAUCUUUCGCUAAUCUUUUGCUUAUAUGUAUGCUCAAGCUCUGUGCACGUUACUGGUAACACAAUUAUAAUUUUUUUGGUUUACCAUUAAUAAGUUCUUUAAAUUGUCAGAGAUAUGUGUUAAGUACUUAUCAAUAUGUUCAUAUUUAAAAAUGUUUGAAACGUGCCGCUAAUUUAUGGGCAAUGUAUAGUAAAUAAAUGCACAAUAUUCCGUACCAAAAAGAAAUAAUUGGCAGCUGAACUUAACAAUUAAUUUCACUUAAAAUGUAAAUAAUUAUCCAACAGGUCCGACGUAUUAAAUUCAGAUUAAUAUUGUAAAUCCCGAAAAAA